GGGAGCGGGGGGGAGCUGCCGGAGGAUGCGAUGCCCGAUGGUGAGAGAUGGGAGUGCGAUCGGAGGACAGGGAGACCCCGGCCGGGGCUGCGAGCCUUCUCCCCUCGCUGCCUCCCCUUAGCCUUGCCCACGGGCUGUGCGCCGCUCUCUGCGCCGCCGCUUACUGCAACGGGCUGAGCGGAGAGCUGGUGCAUGACGAUGUGUGGGCGAUUGUCAACAACCCGGACCUCCGCACCUCCGCCCCGCUCCCCAGCAUCUUCCUCAACGACUUCUGGGGCAAGAGCAUGAGGGACAACAGCAGCCACAAAUCCUACCGGCCCCUCUGCACCCUCACCUUCAAAUGCCGAGCCGAGACUCCAGGGUCUGUUCAGAAGAUCAAGCAGUUGAAUAAAACAUUUAUUGUAAAGUUGAAUAUCUUCCUGGGUGGCAUGACUCCUUUCUACUUCCACAUGGUCAAUGUGGCCCUGCACUGUGCUGUGACAUCGCUGUUGCUCUACACGUGUGACAAGGCUGUGUUCCAAGACAGGCGCCUGGCGUUCUUAGCUGCUCUUCUCUUCGCCGUACACCCUGUUCACACCGAAGCUGUGACGGGGAUUGUGGGUCGAGCAGACGUGUUAGCUUGUGUCCUCUUCCUAUUGGCUUUUCUCUCCUAUCUUAGGAGUGUGAACUGUAGCUAUAUCGGGAAAUAUUUUCCCCCCACCAGCUCUCCAUUCUUCCUGUUGCUAAGCCUUUUCUUGGGUACUUGUGCGAUGCUGGUUAAAGAGACAGGAAUCACUGUCUUUGGAGUAUGUCUUAUCUACGACCUUCUUGUUCUGUGCUCUAACAGACUUCUGAUGAACCUACCUGCUGAUAGGAUCAAAGGAAUUCUAAAACUGUCUGCACCAUACCUGAAGAGAGCUGGUUUUGUAACUGUUUAUGUUCUUCUCAUCCUGUUUUUCCGAGUGUGGAUCAUGGCAGGCUCCAUGCCCAACUUCUCAGAGCAGGACAACCCGGCUUCAUUCUCGCCUUACCUCCUCACUAGAUUUCUUACAUACUCCUACCUGCUGACCUUCAAUGCCUGGCUACUGUUGGCACCAAUGACCCUCUGCUACGACUGGCAAGUGGGGAGUAUCCCGCUGGUGGAAUCUUUGUGGGACGUGCGGAAUGUGGCAACAGCAGUGUUUGGUCUUGGCAUGGUCCUGUUGACUUGGAACUGUCUACUGUCUGUACAGAGACUGAAACACAGAGAGGUUUUAGUGGGCUUGCUGUUCCUUGUCUUCCCAUUCAUUCCUGCCAGCAACCUGUUUUUCCGAGUGGGGUUUGUGGUGGCAGAGCGGGUGCUGUACAUGCCCAGUAUGGGAUACUGCAUCCUCGUUGUCCAUGGCUUGAACCGAUUGUGUGGAGUUCUCAGUAAAUGGGGAGCGAGCGUCGUCACUGUAUCCACCUUGCUUGUCCUGGGACUGUUCUUCUGGAAGACCCUGAAACAGAAUGAGGUGUGGCUGUCCAGGGAAUCCCUGUUCAGAUCUGGAGUUCAGACUUUACCUCUUAAUGCCAAGGUGCACUACAACUAUGCCAACUUCCUGAAAGACUAUGGUCGUCAUGACGAAGCCGUUUACCAUUACAAAACAGCCCUGAGGUUGUAUCCACGUCACGCCAGUGCACUGAACAACCUUGGCACAUUGACCAAGGAUGUGUCUAAGGCGGAAGUCCACUACAGACAGGCCUUGGAGUUGAACCCUCAGCAUAACCGGGCACUCUUCAAUCUGGGGAAUCUGUUGAAAUCUCAGAAGAAACUGGUCGAGGCUGAACAGCUACUGCGUGACUCUGUUAGGUUUGGUCCCCAGUUUGCAGAUGCCUACUCCAGCCUUGCAGCUCUUUUGGCUGAACAGGAGCGAUUUGGAGAGGCUGAUGAUAUAUAUGUGAGCGGCAUUGAAAACUGUCCCGAAAACUCCGACCUCCACAACAACUAUGGCGUGUUCUUAGUUGACCAAGGAGAUGCGAAUGGAGCCUCGGCUCAUUACCUGCACGCCAUUCAGCUAAAUCCCAAACAUUACGUUGCCAUGGUGAAUCUCGGUCGACUGCUACGUUCAGCUAACAAGAACAAGGAGGCUGAAACCUGGUACAGGCGAGCACUCGAGGUAACCAGGACUGUGGAUGUUCUGUCUCCACUGGGGGCUCUGUACUACAACACAGGGAGAUAUGAGUUGGCUCUACGUAUCUACAAAGAGGCCAUUACAAUGCAGCCCACAAACAGCGAACUACAACUGGCAGUGGCCCAGGUCCUGUCUGUGGCUGGCAGAGCCAAAGAAGCUGAGAGACUCAUUAAUCAAGUGGCGAGUGAAAGGAGUGACUGCCUGGAGUGUCAACGCCUGUUGUCUGUUAUCUACAGUAAAAAGGGCAACCUCAAAGAGGCACUUGAUGCUGUCAAAAAGGCCGUCAAAAUGAAGCCCAAAGACCCCAAAAUCCUGGCGGAACUUUAUUUUUCAGAAGGGAAUCUCUUGAGGGAGCUGAAUCAGCUGGAUGUGGCAUUUAAGAGCUAUAAGCAGGCGGUAGAGUUGAGCCCAGAUCUGUCGCAGGCUUGGAUGAACAUGGGAGGGAUCCGGCACAUAAAGGUCAGCAGAAAAAAGGUCCAUUCCUUCAACUUGGCAAUAUUACUUAAUCAACUGAGUACAGCUGCAUCCAACGUAUAUGCUUUACAAACCGGUGAUUAUAAAGCGGCACGUGAGUACUACGAGAAAGCCCUGGAGCUCGUACCAAAAAGCAAGAUUCUGCGAGAAAACCUUGGUAAAUUGGACCGUCUGGAGAAGAGGUUGCAAGGAGAAAGGAGGGAUGAGCAGAGCCCUCUUGAACCAAGCACAAGGUGACAGAAGAAUGGCUUGCUCUGGACUUUCAUGUGUCAUAGGAAGAGGGGAAAGUACUUUGGUUCUCGUAGAGUCCUCAAUGUCUGAAGUGACAAAGGAACCUUUCUACUGUGAAGUAAACCAAGAAAAGUUGAUCGUGAGUGUAGUUUUUUACAGUUGAAAGUUGGUGCGACUCAUCUAAGCUCAAACAUUUGCAUUGUCAUUGGGAAUCGCAACUUCUCCUGCCUCAUGGCUUCAUUUAUUGAUCUCCAUUCCUUUAUUUGGUGCUACCCAAGAUAGCUUGAAGCAGCUACCAUUGAGCCCGAGGAACUGCAACCCCUUCCAUCCUCUUUACCCCUUCCAUCCUCUUUACCCCUUCCAUCCUCUUUACCCCUCCUUGCUGUGGUUUUCAUAUUUUGCACAAGGCAAGUUCUGUCAAGACUUAAGUUAUUCAUCCCCAUGCUUACCAAAAAAUAAAUUAUUUAUCAAACAAAAUCAAAUAGUCAGAAACUAGUUACUGUAGAGAAUUCCACAGUAUGUCCCUUCGCUGCAGUCUAUAUCAAAGCAAGCUGAUCAACGAGAAUGUGUGAUUUUCUACUCUGUGUAGGCUAACCUUACUGGACCUUUGUGCGUAUAAAAAAUGAGCAGCAUGCAGCAUUGAAGUUUGGCAGGAGUACAACAUUCUUUCCAAGCCAUUCAGCAUAAAUCACAAUGUACAGUGUGUCGAUGUUUAGAAAUCUUAGGUCUGAAAAUCUUAAUUGUUUUUUUUUCUGGGCAAGUCCGCACAGCCAAGAUGUUAGCACUGAGAUUCUUCAUCGAAUAGUGAGGCAGAUAACAAGCCCAUGUAAGCAGAAAGAGGGCAUGUUCUGUUUUAAGAGUAAAGUGAGUGAGAAUCGUCAGACUCGAAAGGUUCCUGCUUCCUGUGCUGGUCCCCUGAAGAUCUUCCCCAAAGGCUGUUGUGAGGUUACCUGAGCUCAAGGGUCUUUGGAUGGCUCGGACAGAUGUCAUUGCAAGUUGUAGAACCAACUUGAGUUCACGUGUCUGACACAGGAUGAGACCAAUUUAAGAUUGAUGGCGGGAACAAGAGAGUGUUGUACUUCCAGAUAGGCCACUGAAGGAGAAACCUCUGGGAUCAUUGAGAAAAUGAUUGGAUGAUGUGAUAGGGGAACGAUAGUGUCUUUCUAGGUGAAUGAGCAAUGAGAAGCUGAAGAGCCUUUCUGAUAUUUCCAUUUUGUUAAGAAUGGGGCAAUGGUCAUCCACCCUCUUGUGGGGGUGGCACUGUUAUUGGUCUCAGUACUCUUGCUGAUUCCCCACACACUAACUCGCCAUUUUGAGUUCUCUGUAAUAAAACACGUACAAAGAAAUAUUAAUGACUAUUCUAAAGAAAGAAUUGGCAACAUUCUCAUGAAUGGGUUCAAUUGCCCUCUAGGUACUUAAAAUUAAAGGGGAAAAAAAUAUUUCUUUUUGAGGCAGUGACAAGGUCAGUGUCUAAAACUUCAGCAGUCCUGUGGCCAAGAUGGAUAUGGCUAGCUUUACAUUCCUGAUGGCUCUCUGCUGAUUCCUGCCAGCGCCUGGGUAAGAUUGGCUUUGUCCUUGAUGCCCCUACUGGACUAAUAGCUAACCGCUGCAUCCACUGUAAACAUCUGUGCAUUGGGCAAGAUUCUUGGAAGGCCCCAGUAGAACUGUGCUGAGGCCAGUGGUCAACAGCUUCAAGAGGAGAGUGAAGAAAAUUGACAGAAUUGGUUUUUUUGUAAUGAAGGUGUAAAGAUCAAUGCUAAUGGGCUCCUUUAGACAGCAUUAGCAACGUCUCUUGUUUAACGAGAGUUUGUUUCCACCAUCUCUCUCAAUUGCUGACGAUGUAAAAAUUAGGACCUGACAUGAUGUUGCAUAAUUUCCAUGGUAACAAUCCUUCAUCUGUGAACAGCUCUUUUAACUUGUACCUGUUGUCGUUGAACGUGCUGGCACAGCUUCACCAUGGGACUGUGACACUGCAGAAGUCAUUCCCUGAUUAAUGCCUGAAGUGGGCCUCCUUCACCCAAGCUGACUGCUCCACAUCCCUGUGGUCUCCCACCGGCAGCUUACCCAGCCCACCGGCCUGCUCCCCACACAACCCUCCACUGUGCCCACUCAGCACUGCAGAGCCCCCGCUCUGCUGUACUAAUCCACGCCAGUAUGUCAGAAGUCAAAAUCGGGCACCUGUACAAAAGCACAACUCGAAAUCUUAACAUUGUGACAAGAUCAAAGUGGCAAUGAUUGAAACGUUACCCAUUUGGCGGGUGAACAAAUAACGAUUGUGGGGGUCAUGCCUGGUUUAGAUUUUUUAUUUCAUCUAAAGGUUGUGACCAUGACUCCUGUCAUCCAAACUGCUGUUCUCCUGCCAACAUGUUUCUAAGUAUCUCUAUUUUUACAUAAAGUCUAUAAUUUAUUUAUGAAUAAGUAUUAAAGCUAUAAUAUAUAUCAUUAUUGCUAUAUGUGUAGAAGAUAAUGAAGUGUUGGCGUGCAUUAUAUACACGUGCACUGAGCCUGUUGAUUUUAAAUGCAAACAUUUUAUACAAUUGUACUGAGAAGUGCCACGCAGCUUUGGGGCUUUAACUGAGUUUUUCCAGUGAGGUUUCUCUGAGAACAAGACUGGAAUUGCUUGGUCUUAUUUCAGGUGAUACCUGCUGCGGUUGACAAACAGAGGAGGCUGAACACCAUAUCAGUCUGGGGAUUUGUACCUGAUUCACAGAAGUGAAAAGUUCGGGUCUAAUUCACAGCACGUCCCAGGAAUUCUACGGGAGCUUGACUGUUUCUGUCCAUCAGCUCGGAGGGUGAUGCACGAUAAUACGAUACAAAACUUGUGCUUAAAUCCAUUAAGUGAAAGGCUUUUAUAAAAUAAAUUGCUGAAAACAGUGUAAAACUAAGGAACAUGGGAUAGGGAAAGUGGAGUUGAUACAGAAAUUCACUCAUGAUCCAAUUGACUGAUGCAGAAUCAAGAGACCAUAUGGCCUACUCUUGCUCCCAUUUACAUUUUUAUGUUCAUUCUCACUGUCUAACCAUUGGAACUUAUCCUACAGUUCAACCUCUAGACUCUGGACAGUAUUUCACUGCGCAAAAACUGGACCCUGUCUCACGGCUGACAACAAUUUACGAACAUUUAUUGAUAAUCCCGCCAGACUUGAAAGGGACUGGAAAUUGCACAGGGUGUCCUAUAUGACCUGCUCUGACCUUGGUAUAUUGGUUCAGUCCUCAAUUUUCCUACAAAACAGUGUUUAUUCCUUUUCCUUAAUUUACAAAGUGUUUGCAUUUAAGCUGAUAAUUGUACAAUGUAUCUUGAACAGUGUAACUGGUUCAUUUGUCUGUCUACUCCCAUUGUGUGCAGUAUUGAAUGAAGGAUAACCAGUAAAAAAAAGUUCUCGUUUGAUGUGCUAUAAAGGCUUACCAUCAGG